AUGGUGACCUGCAGCUUGGCGCAGCAGGUGGAGGCAAGCAGACGGGCGUUCAGCCGACGGUUCCGCGAGGGAGGUCGACGGGGAGAGCUUCCAUUGCUGGAGCGCCGGCGCCGUUGCGACAGGGAGAGUCUCCAUGGACGGCGGGAGAUGCAGCAGCCACAAGCUAGAAUCGUGCUGGAGGCGCAUCAGCCACUAGCCAGAGUCGCUGGAGAAGAAGGGGAUGAAUUUCUGGACGUGAAGGUUGAGGUGGAGGACGGGAACGUGCUGAAGAUCAGCGGGCAGAAGACGCGGGAGGAGGAGCACAAGGACGACGCGUGGAACCGCGUGGAGCGCAGCUUCGGGUCCUUCAUGCGGCGGUUCCGGCUGCCGGAGAACGCCAGGGCGGAGGGGAUCAGGUGCACCAUGCAGGACGGCGUGCUCAGAGUCGUCGUGCCCAAGGACGAGGACGCGCAGAAGCAGCGCAACGUCCGCUCCAUCGACAUCGCCUGA